AUGGCGGACCUGAGCUGGGCCGCCGCGCGCCCCGCCGGCCUGCUGGCGCCGGCGCCCGGCAGGACGCUGCGGAUGCCGGCCGUCCAUGCGGGCGCCCCGCGCGGCCGGCCCCCGCCGGCGCCGCUGCUGCGCUCGGCGCCGCCGCGGGGCGCGGGGGCGCGGAGGCAGCCGUGGCCGCUGCUGGGAGGAGCAAUGCUGCCAGCAUUGUCGGCUGCGCGCGCAGCCGUGGUCAGGGCGCGCCCGCGGACCCGCCGCCGGGCGCGCAAGCGGCUGCAGUUGGACAGCUGGUCCGCGUGCACCAGCUGGGGCAACGGGAACAUCAUUGGUAGCAGAAUGAAGCGCAACGACAACACCGAUGUGCUGGUGGCCGAAAGAGUGGUGCACGACACGUACAGGAGCACCCCGUACCCGAAGUGGGUGCCCAGCAGGGAUCUGUGGACCGACGAGCACCGUCCUGGACUCGGAGGAUCACUUCGGCGCCCUCGCUCCGGGUCACGAGGUGGAGGUCUUGGUUCAGAGCUCCGGCUCCAGCUCCAGGAGGGCAGGGAAUCGAUGCGAUGGGCCCCUGGCCUCGUGAUUGCAGUGGACAGGGAGCGAAACCUCGCCGCGGUGAGCAUCGCCGAGGAGUUUGCCAGGGAGGUGGCGGAGGCCGAGAUCGGGGCCGGCAACCUCCGGAGGCAAGAGGACGACCGGUUCGUGAUCGACCCCAAGGUGGUCUCGGACGUGGCGGCCCACAGAUCGCGUUCCCUGCAUGAGGCGGUCUUCAGACUCGGUAUGGAGCUGACCAACCACGCUGACCGCUCGUAUGUGGUAACAGUUCUUGCCCGCAUGGGACAGCCAGGAGGGAUUACCUUGCGAAGCAGCUGGCCGAGUCCAACGACGCCACACUGUCGUCCCUCGCCGUCCGGGAGCUUGGACACGCGCUCGCGCUUGCCGGCGACAUCCAGGAGGGAGGGGGGGCGGUGCGCUCUCUCCUCGAGCUCCUGCAGAGGCCCGAGCAGGCCGCCCAGCUGCUGCUGGAGGUGUCGGCCAUCUGCCUGA